UAUUAUUUACAGUAACCUUUCAAAUUCUAACAACAUGUCUAUUCAUCUAAACAUUCAACCUGCAGAAACAAAAAUCCAUUCCCGACGAUUGCCAAACCGUCGCAAAAAGAUAAACAAACCGAUGGAAUCAGAAGAAAAACAAACAGUAAUCGAUGAUGUUUCUAACAGAUUGAUCAACGGUGACAUGUCAACGAAGAUUCAAGCUGCUGGAGAGAUCAGGAGCAUGAUCCGUAACCGUCGUUGUUCCAAGAAGAUUCGCGUCAAGUUCGCCUGCGCCGGCGUUAUUCCCCCGCUUGUUGUUAUGCUCUCUUCUUCAGAUCACGAUGCUUGUGAAGUUUCGCUUCUCGCGCUGCUUAAUCUCGCUGCUAGAAAUGAUCGAAACAAGGAACAAAUUGUGGUAUGUGGAGCCAUUCCUCCUUUGGUGAAGCUUCUCAACUUCCAAACCAGUGACAACCUAAGAGAAUUAGCCACCGCUGCGAUUUUAACAUUAUCAGCAACACCGAAGAAUAAACCAACAAUCGCCAGUUCAGGAGCGAUCCCUCUUUUGAUUCAAAUCCUCAGCUGUGGGACGAUACAAGGAAGAGUUGAUGCAGUCACCGCGCUUCACAACCUAACCACAACCAAAGAAGAACCAGCCAUAGUUCUUGAUGCAGCCGCCGCCUCACCACUCAUCAACCUCCUUAAAGAAUGCAAAAAGUAUUCAAAAUUUGCUGAGAUAAUCACUGGUUUGAUCAACAUUCUAUCCAAAUCUCACGAAGGAAGACUCACGAUCACAAAAGCCGAAAAUGGGAUACUAACAUUAGUAGAAACAGUCGAAGAUGGGUCGUUGGUUAGCAAAGAGCACGCGGUUGAUGUUCUGCUUGACUUGUGUAGAAGCUCGAGAAGUAAAUAUCGGGUGCUUAUUCUUAACGAGGGUGCGAUCCCAGGUUUGUUACGGUUAACUGUGUAUGGGACCUACGAAGCGCAGAACAAGGCUAGGUUGCUACUGGAGUUGCUUAGGGACUCUCCUUCUGAAAAGAGGUUGAGGUCGUCGGUAUGUGACAAGAUUGUUCGUGAAAUUGCAGCUCGGGUUGACGGGUCAUCGGUGGAAACCAUAAAGAUUUUGUUGCAGGAUAUGGUUCAAAGAGGCAUGAGCAUGGGUUCAUCUUGCAUACCCUCAAAAUGAGGUUAUUUUAACUAAGUGAAAUAACUUGAAAUUUUGUAAUGGGAGUAUGAUGUAUGCAACAUCUCACCCAUUUUGUCUAAAAGGAGUUUUUACUUGACAAGAUGAGUGGUGUUUCACUGGAGUAUAAA